AUGGAGUGCACCCAGCCUUCAGAGAACCUCAGCCCGACCCAGCAGCCUCCCACCCCAGAAUCUGGGGAACCUGAGGACCCCAGGGAUGAGGCCCCGGAUGGCUCAGACACAGUGGUGCUCAGUCUCUUCCCCUGCACCCCAGAUCCUGGGAAUCCUGAACCAGAUGCCGGCGCCUCUUCACCUCAGGGCAACUCCCUAAAGCACUCCACGACCCUCACCAACCGGCAGCGGGGGAAUGAGGUCUCUGCCUUGCCGGCCACCCUGGACUCCCUGUCCAUCCACCAGCUUGCAGCCCAGGGAGAACUGAGCCAGCUGAAGGAGCAUCUGAGGAAAGGAGACAACCUCAUCAACAAGCCGGACGAGCGUGGCUUCACCCCCCUCAUCUGGGCCUCGGCCUUCGGAGAGAAAGAGACCGUCCGAUUCUUGCUUGAGUGGGGUGCCGACCCCCACAUCCUGGCCAAGGAGCGGGAGAGCGCCCUCUCACUGGCCAGCACAGGUGGCUACACAGACAUCGUGGUGCUGCUGCUGGAGCGUGACGUGGACAUCAACAUUUACGACUGGAAUGGAGGGACGCCACUGCUCUAUGCCGUGCGUGGGAACCAUGUGAAGUGCGUGGAGGCCUUGCUGGCCCGAGGAGCUGACCUCACCACCGAAGCUGACUCUGGCUACACCCCAAUGGAUCUGGCUGUGGCUCUGGGAUACCGGAAAGUGCAACAGGUGAUCGAGAACCACAUCCUCAAACUCUUCCACAACAACAUGGUGCCCGAUGACCCCGAGUGA